GUGCAAAUCUUUAAUUGCAAGUGUGUGUGUGGGGGGGGGGGGGGGGGGGGGGGGAAGAGUGUCUCGAGCAACCCUAGCGCUGGUCUCCAGGCGGCAAGGCCCCCUUUGAUCAGGAAAAUCCAAUUAUUUGUGUAUAUACAUUUCCCACAUAGUGAUUACUUCAUUAAUUGUCCCGCCUUUAUCUCCUCCCUUCCCAUCCCCCCUAAUAAUCAGUUCUUUUAUCCAGACCAACAAACACACCAUAGGAGCUUUGUGGAUUCAAAGGAUUUGCUUUCGCUUCUGAAAGAGCCGCUAUUCUUUGAUGAUUGGGUAGCGGCAAACUUCAAAGCCAUAAAUCUUCCCUCUGACUGGCUGGCGGCCCAGCAAAGUCCUUAUCAAAUUCUUGGAGGUGAUCCUGAAGCGCUCAGACCGCGCGCGGGGCUAGCGAGCGGGGCGCGGCGAGGGGCGAGGGCGGGGAGGGCCCCGGCGCGCAGAGCAGGCGCUGGGAGGCAGUCUGGGCGGUCGUUCGUCCUCGCCUUCGGGUGUCCAUGCCUCGGUGGCGGCGCCCCGCUCCGCAGCCAGCGGCCUGCAAGCCGUAACCAUGGCCGCGGUGGCCGUCCUCCGGAACGACUCGCUGCAGGCCUUUCUCCAGGACCGCACCCCCAGCGCCUCCCCGGACCUGGGCAAGCACUCGCCCCUGGCACUGCUGGCCGCCACCUGUAGCCGCAUUGGCCAGCCUGGCGCGACGGCUCCCCCGGACUUCCUGCAGGUGCCCUACGACCCCGCGCUGGGCUCACCCUCCAGGCUCUUCCACCCGUGGACCGCCGACAUGCCGGCGCACUCGCCAGGCGCACUGCCGCCCCCGCACCCCAGCCUGGGGCUGACGCCGCAGAAGACGCACCUGCAGCCGUCCUUCGGGGCUGCGCACGAGCUUCCCCUCACACCCCCCGCCGACCCCUCGUACCCCUACGAGUUCUCGCCGGUCAAGAUGCUGCCCUCGAGCAUGGCGGCUCUGCCCGCCAGCUGCGCGCCCGCCUACGUGCCCUACGCGGCGCAGGCCGCGCUGCCGCCCGGCUACUCCAACCUGCUGCCCCCGCCGCCGCCGCCGCCCCCGCCGCCCACCUGCCGCCAGUUGUCACCCAACCCGGCCCCCGACGACCUCCCGUGGUGGAGCAUCCCGCAGGCGGGGGCCGGACCGGGGUCCUCCGGGGUUCCGGGAAGCGGCCUCUCCGGAGCCUGUGCCGGGGCUCCCCACGCGCCCCGCUUCCCCGCCUCUGCGGCCGCUGCUGCUGCGGCCGCCGCCGCCCUGCAAAGAGGCUUGGUGUUGGGCCCGUCGGACUUUGCGCAGUACCAGAGCCAGAUCGCCGCGCUGCUGCAGACCAAGGCCCCCCUGGCGGCCACGGCCAGGAGGUGCCGCCGCUGCCGCUGCCCCAACUGCCAGGCGGCGGGCGGCGCCCCCGAGGCGGAGCCGGGCAAGAAGAAGCAGCACGUGUGCCAUGUGCCGGGCUGCGGCAAGGUGUACGGGAAGACGUCGCACCUGAAGGCGCACCUGCGCUGGCACACGGGCGAGCGGCCCUUCGUGUGCAACUGGCUCUUCUGCGGGAAGAGCUUCACGCGCUCGGACGAGCUGCAGCGGCACCUGCGGACUCACACGGGCGAGAAGCGCUUCGCCUGUCCCGAGUGCGGCAAGCGCUUCAUGCGCAGCGACCACCUCGCCAAGCACGUGAAGACGCACCAGAAUAAGAAGCUCAAAGUCGCUGAGGCCGGGGUUAAGCGGGAGGACCCGCGGGACCUGUGAGCCCUCCCGGAGGUGGACCCCCUUCCCAGCACCUCUGCGGGAGAUCCGGGGACCUGUGGGCAGCUGGCGGAGGGGAGACUCAGCAGAUGGACCCUCCCUGUUGCCUGCCUCCCAAAAUGGAGCCAGGCUCCCAGCUUCCCCUACCCUCGGACACAGGGACCUAGUUCCCAGGAGCGGGGAGGUAGGGUUGGUGCUGGGGCAUUUGGGUUAUAAUUGGGAGCUCUGCCUUACCCUAGGGCGGUUCCAAACUCUAAACCGUUCCCACCAUCUGGGAGACCUACAGUUUUGGGGGACCACCCUGGGCUGGCCUUGUAUAUAGGAAAUGCUGCUGAAUUGAAGCGAAAGGAACUUGGGAGAUUUGAAAUAGUGCUCGGGUUUUCGCUAGGACCGGUUUGGGCUUUGUACAGGUUAUUUAAUAGCUUUGUUAAAAAUAAUUAUAAUAAUUAUAACAUUAAUAAAAAUGUUGCUUUUGUCUUCAGCUCCAUGCAGAGCUACAGCAUGAUAUGUCUCUGUAAAGUGAUCAGCAGUUGCACCGUGAAAAUAAAUACGUUAACUCAGGGGUCACUACAGGAAGACCCCGCUGA